AUGGAAAAACAAAGAAAACCGGCUAGCUGUGAUGCAGUGAAAGCCUUGUGCAGUACAGCAGGCACGGGGACAAAACCGAGAGACCCCCAGAGGCUCCACACAGCAAACCUUGCGAAAAGGGAGCGCCACAGGAAAAGAGGCAAGGACACCUGGACUGCCAAGUCGAGGGAGAUCAGCGGCCAGAACAUGCGCUCCAUCAAUUCCAAAAGCAUCGCAGCAAAUAAGUCGUUAUUCAAAAACCCUGUGGAUAACUGCUACCAGCCGCAGCCAGAGAAAACGUUUUCAGCGGAAGAAGCCCGUCUGGUGAUGAAAGCAGUUGUAGAGGAGCGACUAAGGAAUGCGGAGUACGAUGGAAACGCGUGCUCAGCGCUGGCACGGGAACUCGCAGACUGUGUUAAACACGCGGUGAAGGACCUGCUGUUUUUCGAGAGAUAUAAAAUAAUCUGUUUCGUGGUUUUGGGACCUGUCAAGCAGUCGGACUUGUGUUGUUGUAGUCGGAGCGUGUGGUGUCCGUCUGCAGACACAUAUGCAGAAUACUGUUUCAAAAACCACUCGCUUUUUGCCCUCUGCGUUCUCUACGCCGUGUAUUCUGAAUAA